CUGAACCCCAACGUCAUCAUCGAUCUGAUAGGAUCGACAAACCCCUCCAAACCAAUAGAACUCCCCAAUCAACAUCUCCCCAAUAAAAUCUUCACGCGACUACAAUGGAUCAGAUAGCUCUCAACCACGAGGCUUCGGCUGGAGAUACGCAUAAGCAAUUAGUGACGUCGUUGCCACAGGAGGUCGUACAAUGUCUCGAAAACGCCCGUUUCCUUCACCUGGCGACAUGUAUCGAUAACCAGCCACACGUCUCGUUGAUGAAUUACACAUACAUCCCCUCCUCGCAAUACUCGACCGCCCCGGUCAUCGUGAUGACGACGAAUCCCUCGUCGAAGAAAACCAAUAACCUAGUCGUCAACCCCAACGUCUCCUUAUUAGUCCACGACUGGGUCUCGCAUAGACCACCAACCCAAGGGCGGCGCAUGUCCGGCGGAUCCCCCGGCCCCGAACACAGAUCGAGCCUAGCAUCGCUACUACUGAACCUCAACACGAGCGCUAUAUCGAGCAUCAGCGCGACCAUCAACGGAACGGCGGAGCUGGUGUCCCGCGGCUCGGACGAGGAGGCGUUUUACCGGAGCCAGCACCUCGAGAAUAACACGUUCGACUCGGAGGGCGGCGUCGGCGUGUUUAACGGUGGGAGCGGCGAGCACGUGCCUGAAGACGGGGGUCGCGAGUGUUUUGUCGCGGGCGAGGAGGUAAGGGUUAUACUUGUGCAUGUCAAGGAUAUACGGACGAGUGAUUGGAAGGGUGGUGUGAAGGAUUGGGUUCUUGUCGCGGAGAAUAGCGCGGCGACGGUGAAUGGUGUGAGAUGAGCUUGUGGGCAUACGGGUGAGGUGUUGUGGCGCGCUAGGUAGGGUAGUCCCGUCUAAAUUGCCACGUCUAAUGUGUUGUACAAGAUCUAUUCUCUGUACUAGUAUACAAGAAUGAAAAGGCAAUUGUUUGCGAACCGUUCGUGGGAUCGGAGAUAAAUUGUGUUGGGGAAUUGAAACAACACGGUUAUCGGAAUUUCGAAAUUCUACUAAUAGACCAUGAUUUGUUAACGCAGUCGUCGAAUUGGAGUGUGGGAAGCUUCGCAUCCACGUUUACUUGCAAAGAUCUAGCUUCGUGAAUACAGAACGGUU